UUUGGUUGCACUACAAGGCGCUGACGCGCAAGUGCCGGCAUGCCGGGUGAAGAUGUAUAUUUACAGCGAUAAAAUAAAUGGAAAUAUAAUUUGUGUUUAUUACUGUACUGUUUGCUGUGAAAGAAAAUGAACAGUGUCAAACAAGGAGAAGUUUUUGUAACGUGUCAUCUCUAUCUGCAGGAGAUUAGUUAUGGCUGCAGUGAACGCCUUCGUAAUCUUAUCCUUAGCCGUAUUUAUGAUUUUCUGCAUCGGCAUUCGUAACUUUUUAGUAGAUUUUGAAGAAAAUGGCUGUGAAAUGACAUAUAUGUUCGAGUAUCCUCAAUAUGUCAAAAUCUCUCUCCCACAAAAUGUAACAAAAAAGUACAGCCGCUAUGGACUGUAUGCUUAUGGAGAAGGCCAGUUUACUGAGAAAUUGAGACAUAUGAUAUUUAAUGGCGUACCAGUACUCUUCAUUCCAGGAAAUAGUGGUUCCCACAAACAAGUCCGUUCAUUGGCAUCUGUCAGUCUCAGGAAAGCUAUUUCCUCACAUUCAAGGUUUCAUUUUGAUUAUUUCUCAUUGGAUUUCAAUGAAGAAUAUUCAGCAUUGUUUGGAGGGGUCCUUCAAGAGCAAACAGAAUUCCUUCAUAUCAGUAUUAAGAGAAUUCUUUCAUUAUACGAGAGAAGUCCGUCAAAACCAAAUUCUGUUGCACUUGUUGGACAUUCAAUGGGUGGUGUAGUGGCAAGAGGCUUAUUCAUGUUGCCUGAUUUCAAUACAUCACUUGUAAAAGUGAUAGUGACAUUAGCAACACCACAUGUAUCUCCUGUCCUCUCUGUCGACUGGCAUUUAUCUUCAUACUUUGGUAAAACCAACGUAUUUUGGGGAACACACAGGAAUGAUCAGUUGAAGAAUGUCACUUUUGUUUCACUGGGUGGAGGACACCGUGAUGUUAUGGUUCAGUCGGCACUUACAAUUAGUUCCUCUGCUGACAUCAACAUUCUGACAACAGAUGUGCCAACUGUUUGGCUGUCCACUGACCAUCUGUGCAGUCUGUGGUGCAAACAACUUGUUUUGGUCCUAGUGAGAGCUUUUUUUGAUAUUGUGGAUAUUUCAACAAAACAAAUAUCUGACAACCCAGUACUUCGCAAAGACAUUUUCUACUAUCACCUAGUCCAUAGAACAGGUGGCAAACGUUUCUCCAUAUCGGAGCAUCCACAUCAGUUGCUGUUAAGUGCAGAUGCAGAAUGGGAGGAAUAUCUUCAGAGAAAGCUAUCAAUAUCAGAACCAUAUGGACUUCGAGGCACACGUCAUACUAUGGUGCGUUUGAUGAAUGAUGAGAAACAUCAUUGGCUUACUGUAGUUGUCAGUGGUCUAGAAGCCAAAGACUGGAUCUUUGUAUGCUCAGCAGAUGUUGUUUGGAAGUCUUCAAGAAUGUGUGAUAUUGGUGUCAAUCUCUCAAAUGAAACAGUGUUCCUUCCUUCUGCAUCAGUGAAGAGAAAAAUGAUACAUGUGGACUUACUGAAAUUGAAGGCUAACACAUCAUUCACCCAUGUUGUGUUACGGUUAUUACCUACAAGUAAUCCACUGCAGCUUCAUAUAGAUGUCCAUUCAUCAGAGCGACAUUUUGUAGUCCCAUUGCCACCUUUACUGCCAUUUUCACGUCCAGUUAGUAUAUUACCAAAACUGACAGAUGAGAAGGCAUUGCAUUACCGAUUUUAUUUGCCAGAUCUGGAAAAGCUAUGGCAAGCAUACCUACUUUAUAUAAAACCUGUUACUUGCCGCAGUGGUGCACACCAAGCAGUUGCAAAGUUUUAUGUGCCAUGGAAUAAGGAAGCAGUUCAUAAACUUGUGACCGGCAAGUCAGCAACUCCAUUGAAGGUGAAACUGCAGUCACCAAAGCCAGCAUUAUACAAUGGAUCCAAACACCCACACAUUGAUCUAAUAUUGGAUGCUUCUUGUCAGUACAUGUUAAGCAUCCAGCCCUCCAUAGCUGACAGUCUUGGACAGUUAGUACGAUUCUACUCACCUCAGCUGCCAGCAUAUGUGGCCACCAUACUGUUACUUGUACUGCGCCAGCAAAUAGUAGAACUCUCAAAAACUGGAAGCUGUGUCAUGUUUCAUACUGCUUUGGGAACAGGUGGCAAAGCAUAUAACUUGUUCUUUGUUGCCAUAAUCACUUCUCAAAUACUUAGGUGGUGCAUGGAUAUAAUGCCCUUGUCAUUCCUCAAGGAAUCAGGUGUGAUGCCUGUGCAGUAUUUAGACACUGAUACUUUUCUUUUGUCAUCAAUACUGUAUAUGGUUUCAUUCACUAUCGUCUUCCUGAUGGGAGUGUUUUGCUGGGCAGCCAUUAUUCUGUCUGGGCAAGCAGCUCACAAAAUGGCACUGAGAUUUUUGGCCAAAACUGUAACAGGUGUUAUUGUUUUGUCUGACUGGACUCUGUCAGCAUUGUCUCACCUACCUGCCACUGUUGCUGUAAUUCUUCUGGCACUUACAUUUAGUACAUGUGGUUCACUGAGCCUCUGCAUUGGAUUAUUUUUCUUCUUCUUGAUGUUGUGCAAAAUGUAUGAAGAUUACCUUGAGCAACUUGUGAGAAUGUCUCUCCAUUUCAUUGCAAAAACUUUGAAAGGUGCUACUAAAAAGAAACAGAACCUGCCAGACAGGAACAAGGAAGAAGAAAAGGAAGAGGACAACAAUAUAGAAGAUAAAAAGAAUGAAGAGAAUAAAACUGCUUUGGAGAACACUAGGAAAGAUGAUGACAAAAUUCCUGGAAUAGAGCACAAAGAAAAUGAUACAAAUAAUGAUGUUACUAAUAAUGAUGUUACUAAUAAUGAUGCUGCCCAGGAUGAUGACCUCAAUGAGAAGAAAAAUGAGAAGUAUGGAAGUAAUGGUAAUGAAGAAAACAAAGUAAAAGAUGAAACAGAACAGGGAGCAACUCCAGAUGCAAAGGAAAGCAAGGACAGUGACAACUCUCUUUCUGCACUCCAUUUUAAUUUUACCAUUUUUAUAAUCUGGCUCACAGUGUGUGCUCUUAAUGUGCCAAGUGCCCUAGUGUGGGCUCAUAAUUACAGGUAUAAUAGAAGACUGGAACCUGAUCCAUCACUGCCUUUAAGUGUUGUUCUGUGUACUUGUGCAGGAUUUCUGUGGCAGACAAAUGUGCCAAAAAAUAAUUUAAAAUACUACAACACUGUCUCAAAAAUGUUGUAUGGACUUGCGGUCUUUGCUUUGUGCUAUGGCCCAUUGUCACUUUAUGUAAUGAGUCCUGUAUUGGCAACAGCAGUUGCUAUUGUUACCAUUCACCAAAUGUUCUUCCCAUCUUCUUCAUCAAUGUGAUAUUUGAUGUUUAACAUAUAGACUUUAUUUUCGUGUGUUCUUAUAUGUGCUUUUUUGCUACUUAACAAAGACUGUACAAAAUUUGUAACAAAGAACAGAUGUGAUAUUUAUAUGUUUGUUAUAGAGAUGUAUUUGUAGUAUUCAUGGAUUGUGAAUUAGAUACUAAAUAUUUAUAGGUAAUUUAUAUUUUGUGUAACAUGAGAGUAAAGCAGAAUUAUGAGCA